AUGACUUUUCAUCCCUUCGAGGUCUCCAUACCUCAUGUCGCAUACGCCGUAUUGGGCGGCUUUGUCGUGUUUUUCGGAAUGUUUUCCCUCUUCAUCAGAGAAAAGCUCUAUAUCGGCGAAGCCUGCUGGGCAUUUUUAUUCGGCGUCAUUAUUGGACCGUACGGUGCGGGCAUAUUCGACCCUAGAGGCUGGGGCAAUGGCAACGAACAGGUCACCAACACGAUCACCCUCGAGUUCACCCGCGUCGUCCUCGCCAUCGGAGUCUUCGCCAUCGGCGUCGAGCUCCCAAAAGCCUACAUGGCACGCCAUUGGAAAUCCCUCUUCUUCCUCCUCGUCCCCGUCAUGACCUGGGGCUGGUUUGUAUCAGCCGGCCUCAUCUACGCCCUCAUCCCGAAGCUCAACUUCCUCUCGUCUCUAGCGGUCGCCGCGUGCCUCACACCGACGGACCCCAUCCUCGCUGCGGCCGUCGUGGGCGGAAAAUACGCUGACAAGCACGUCCCCGCCCACUUGAGGCACCUCCUGGCCGCCGAGUCCGGGUGCAACGACGGCGCUGCGUUUCCGUUCCUCUACAUCUCCCUCUACCUCAUCAUGGACAAGACCACCGCCCGCGCGGUCGAAGACUGGUUCCUCACUCUCUGGCUCUAUCAAAUCGUGCUCGGCACCGUGUGGGGCGCGAUGCUCGGCUUCGGCUUUCGCCACCUGAUGAAGUUCUGCGAGCGCAAAGACCUCAUCGACCGGCAGUCCUACGUCGCGCAGUACGUCUCGCUCGCGCUGCUCACCAUCGGCACGACGACGAUGCUCGGCUCGGACGACCUCCUCGCCGCGUUCUCGUGCGGGACCGCGUUCGCGUGGGACGGCUUCUUCAACAAGCAGACCGAGCAGGCCGUGUUCUCGUCCGUGAUCGAUUUGCUGUUCAACGUCGCCGCGUUCGUGUUCGUCGGCGCGUGGACGCCAUUUAAGCAGUUCGAUAACCCAGAGCUGUCGCUCUCCGUCUGGCGGCUCGUCGUGAUCGCGAUCCUGGUGCUGGUGCUCCGGAGGCUGCCCGCGAUGAUCGCGCUGUACAAGUGGAUACCGGACGUCAAGAGCCUGCGAGAGGCCGUCUUCAGCGGCCACUUUGGCCCCAUGGGAAUCGGCGCCGUCUUCAUCUCCACCCUCGCCGCCGAGACGCUCGCGAGCACGGGCGCGGCGCCGGACUCGCAGACGGGCAUCCUGACCGAGUCGAUCCAGCCCAUCGUCGCCUUCAUGGUCGUCACCUCGAUCAUCAUCCACGGGCUCUCGAUCCCGUUCUUCUCGCUCGGGCGGCGCGUGCACUCGGUCUCGCGCACGUGGUCGCGCCACGUCAACGACGCGGACGCGCCCGAGUGGACGACGCACACGCGCGCGGUCAUGCGCGGCGAGGAUAUCGUCAUCAAUCGCGACGCGGCGGACCACCACCACGCGCCCGUGGACGCGAUGGAGCGCGGGGAGCUGGGCUCGGGCUCGGGCUCGGGCUCGGACGAGAAGUCGGCGACGGCGGGCGAGGCGACGCCGCCGCGCCGCGACGAGGAGAGCGACGAGACGAAGGAGGGCUCGCCCGUGGAGGAGCGGUACAAGGCGGAGAACGCGCCCGACGGGGACGAUAUCCUCCAGGAGUGGAAGGAGGGCCCGCAUCGCGUGAUCGAGCGCCGCGCGGGGCCUGGCGAGGAGGUGCGCGCGUUCAUCCGCUCUGUUUUUUGUUUGUUUGCGUGCGUGUGUGUGUGUGCUUCGAGGGCUGACGAUGGCGUGGUGGCAGGUCGAGGUCGAGGUGCAGAGGAACGUCUACGGGCCGAGCGACGUCGAGCGCAUCACGCGCGCGUUCCACGGGAAGGACGCGCACCACGCCGCGCACGUCUUUUUGGGCGGGCUCGAGCGCGCGGGGAGCAAGAUUGA